UAAAACUCGUUAGUAUUGCCUAAUUGUUAGUAUACGUCAAAAUGAUCAUAAUUAAACUUUUCGUAUGUGUUAUUAUUUACAAAAAAUAUUCAAUUUCCUUAGACCCUUUAGAGUUACAUUGUAAUUUCUCUAAACAUUUGUUUAAUUAUUUCAAGUACAGUGAGAAAUAUUUAUAUAACUUUGAAAAUAACAUACCAGAAUCUGAAUUAAAAGAUUAUGGAACAGCAGUAAAAUCUCAUGGCGAAAUUGUUAUGAUAAUGUUAGAUUCAUUACGAGAAAUGGACGAAGAGUAUAUCGCAGCUGAUUUAAUGACUGUAAAUUUAUACUUGAACAACGUUUCGGGAUCAAUUAAUAUAAUUGCUAAAAAUGAAAAUGGCGAGUUCAGUAGAUCUGAAAGAUCACAGAAUUUGCUUGAAGGCUACAAAAUUCUACAUCGUUCAAUUGUAGAAAGAUUGGAAUAUUUUUUAAAUGGAAAGUGUUUUAAUAUUUCAGUUAAAAAUGAUUUCAUAUAUCUAACUAAUUUCCAAGAGCCAAUAAAACACAGCCUGGAAGUCUUACGUAAUGAAAUCGAAAAACUAAAUAAUAAAAUAAUUAAAAUUAUGAAAGAAUAUUUGACUUUAAGAGAAAUGUUUGUGUUGGAAAAUAAUGAAAUUUUAAAAAAUUGUUGUGACAUAAUAAAACAUUUAGCAUUGGCUUUUGAAAAAAAAUCAUACAAUAUUUACAAUCCUAAAAAUGUUUUGUUUUACGAUUUGAUGGAAAAUCGGCCUUGUUUUUUGGAACGAGAUCUUGCAUCAGGUUCUCAAGCAAAACAAUAUGUUAGAUACAAAGGUGAUAAUCAACAAGACGAUGUUUUAGACAUGGUUCGAUAUGCCCCGUUGUUAUUAAAUAGUUCUAAUAAUUAUCAAAUUAAGUUAUUUGAUGUGUUUCGCUUCGUCAAGUUCGAUUUUAACUUGGAAAAUGUACAAACAUUUAUAAAUUUGGUAAAUGCAGCAACAGUUCGUCCAAUCAUGUUAGUCGUACGUAUUUAUUUUUCAUUAGUUAGAAAAUUCCUUACCAAUUGUGAAUUUAAAAAUGAGAAAUUAAAAAACGAUAUGAAAUAUAAAAUCAUUGAUUUGGGUCAAAAUAUUGUUGAAAAUAUGAAAUCCUUUAUGGAUAUGAAUUUAUUUAUAGAACAAUGUGCAACUACCAUUGAGCGUAUUUUUAACUUAUCUUAUAAAGUUAUUUCAUCCUUCAAAGAACGUAAUGAUUUGUUCUUAAGCAGUGAAAUAGAAACAAUUUCAACAAAUAUUUAUCAAUAUAUGAAAUAUAUAUUACCUGAAACAUUUAUCAUAGAAUGGAAUAUUGUUAGCUUUUAUGAUAUUACUGAAAAGAAAGUUAAUGAAAUUGUAUUGUUUGUAUCAGAAUUGAAAAAAUAUCAGUAUUGUUUUGAAAUAGCAAAAAAGAUUUCUCAUAAAUCAUUUUUUAAUUGGCAAUUAACUACAUAUACAAUAAAAAAUAAUAUUCCUAUUGAUCAAUUAGGAAAUCAUGAAGACAUAUAUCGAUCACUUUAUUUUUCUGAUGUUAAUACAACUGAUAUAAAGAAACAUAAUAGUCAUAGCUCAAGUGAUGAAAAUUAUGAGAUGAAUAAUCAUAACAAUAAAGUUUUUAAUAAUGGAAACCAGUCAUAUUACAGUCCUAAAUAUCUAGUUGAUUAUUUACUUUAUGAUUAGUUUUUACAAUUUAUUCACUUCAUAUAAGGUGAUAUAAGGAUCAUACACAGUAUAAAGCGUACAAAAACAAUAUAAUGUAACAUAAUUAUUUAAAUAACUUAACAAUAAUAAAUAAGAAAUUUAGUUAACAGUCAAAAAUGUAAUGUAAUAAGCUAAUUCACGUAACUUUUGCCAUGGAAAUAAUUGUAUUCAUUAUUUUUUUAUAAGAUAUUUUUUGAUUCAAUAAAACAAAUCUACAAAAAAAAAUUAACAAAUUAUUUU